AUGCAAGUCAACGUUCAAGUGAUUGUCAUGACGGUCGACUUUUUGGUUGGCUAUGGGAUGAGGUGGGUGCAAACUCUCGUGCAGCAGAAGCGUCUGGCCAUGCUGGUGAUGGACGAGGUUCACACAAUGCUCGUGGACACCAGCUAUCGAGGGAGUCUUGUUCGCUGCCCAAGCCGGCUGGACCAUCUUCGCCAAGACCCAUCUGUCAAGUGUGUGGGCCUGACUGGCACGCUUUGCCCCAAAGAUGAGCGGGCUCUGCUCCAACAGCUGGACAGCUGGAUUGCACGGAGGACGCUUCGUACCAGACCUUUCGUAUGCCAACCAUGCGAACCGAUCUUCGGCUAG